GAGAGGACUCGUUACUCUCGAGUCCUUGUAAGGAUUCGUUCGAAAUGAACGAAUCGUUCACGAACGACACAUCACUAGUAGACACAGGUGUCUGAAGUUGUAAAAGUUGGACUGUUUUGGCUUCCUAUUUUUCACAGAUUUCAUCAAUUAAAUAUCAGAACGCGAUGAACCGUCGGCCAUCUUGUUGUUUUUCCAAGAGGACUUUUCUUACUGAAGGAUUCUUCUCAGUGACAAAAGCAACCAGAGAUACAAACAAACGGACGACAAACACACACACACACAUCUAACAGACAAAUGGCACAAAGUAAAACAGGCAAAUGAACACUAACAAAGGCUGUGUAACACACACACAAAGCGACACUUAUGCAGCGAGUGCUGAUGUAAACUGUCUGUGGUCUCGUCAGGUUAAUUAGUUCUGACGAGCUGCUCAGUUUAAUCCUCCUUCCCCCGUCACACCAACCAAUCAGAGCUGGCGAUGUCACCCCCUUCCCUCCCCCACGCCCUGCGUCUGUGUGUUCAGUCUCUUUGUGUCGUCUCCGUUGCCGCGGCAGCAGCAGUUUGAGGACCGAGCUCGUAUGAAGCGUCGCUGCGUUCCUCUGAGAGCCGACCACAAGCUGCUGACCCCCGACACACACUCUCUGUCGGGGGUCAGGUUGCAUCCUGUCAUCCGGGUGAGGUUGGGGGGUGUGGCCUCUUCCUCGGGGCACCCGGGUCACACCUCCGGCGGCGAAUCAGCCGCCAGGUCUCCGAGGCGACGGCCGGCGACGUCCACGACUCGCCGUCUGCGGUUUGAGGACGAGACGGAGACGGAGGCGGAGUGCCGCUACCUGGAGCGACAGUGGCAGAGGAGACGUGGGGGACAGAGAGCGACGGGUGUCUUGGUCUCAAAACCGAACCUCAACCAGUACGUCAACGGCAGGGCAGGACAUGUUGUUGACAGGAAGCAAAGAGGACAGACGUCUUCGGGGGGCUCGGGUCAGUGGGACGCCUGCGGAACAGUUUUAGGGGGCGGAGUCAACCUGAAUCUCCGACUGUACCCACCUGCACCUGGAGACCCAGGGCGGAGUCCGCCCGCGCCUCGCCUCAAUCUGCGCACUGAGCCCAUCAGAGAGACCUACAUCGGCUCUGUCACACCUGGUGAGGUCGCUGGGAGGGGGGGCCGGGCCGGGCGGUUUGUGGACCACCACUUGAGGAGGACGGCCGGUCAGGUGAAACUUGAGGGAAGCCAGACGUCCACCCCUCGAGCUGCGCCCGCCACUGACCUGCCAAUCAACCCCUACGCGCCCGAUCAGCUGACCACGCAGACCUCCGACAACCCACGCUCCUUCUCUCCCACUCCUGUGACAUCAUCAACAGCUCCCGUGACAUCAUCGCUGAUGUCACAAAACAUCCGGCCCGACAGCACAAAGGCAUCGCAGAAUCUGAGCCGUGGCAAAGAAGAGAAGGAGCCGCCGGCCGGACGGCGCGCGGGUGGCGCAGAGCUGGAGGAGAAGAGCCCUUCUGUAGAGGAGGGAUGUCUGGAUCUCAGGAUGAAGAGCAACUCCUCCUCCUCCUCCUCCCCAGGGGGAAGCGAGGAGACGGCGGCCCCGGCGAAGUCCGGCACCAGCUGUGAUCGACAGCCGGUGGGACCACAGGAUGAUGGAUGCCUCAUCAGCAGAAACCAACCUUCCCGCCUUUCUCUGCGUCGUCUCUUUUCCAACGUCGGACUGAGCAGGACUCGAGCCGGCAGCCUCGACCGGCUCGCCUCACGGCCCGACCCCUCAGCGUCCAGCCCGACCCCGCCGGUGCCAAAGAAGUCCCCGGGCCUGCUGAAGAAAACACCGUCCGCAGCGCACGGUUCCCCCUUCUCGCAGUUGAGGAAGUCGUUGUCAGUUGAGAGCUUUGCGUUGGAGCAGAAGAAAAAGAAGACGGAUCGUUCCGCUGACUACCGACCAGCCGCGGACCAGUUGGUGCAGAGGUGUCUCAGUGUCGAGGACGUCAGUCGUCCCUCUUUAGUGCGUUCCAUCGGCCGGGUUCUUGACGUUUGUUCUGACGGAACGUUUCUGUUGGAGGUCAUCCGACCGAAGAGCCAGAUGUAUGGAUUCAUCAUCAGCAGGGGGAGAGGACGGCCUGACUCCGGUACCGCCAAUACUGGAAAUACUACUAAUACUGCUCCUAAGGAAGGAGGCGGACUACCUUUCUGUGGUGUCUACGUGGAGGACAUGGUGGACAGCAGCACUAAGAAGUUGUACGCUGGCCUGCUGGCGGUUGGAGAUGAGAUCCUGGAGGUGAAUGGGGAGAAGGUAGCCUGUCUCAGUCUGGACCAGGUGACCCACAUGCUGACUGAGAGCCCCUCGGCCACCAUCCGGCUGCUCCGACACCACAACACCGCCCCUGCGUAGUCACGUGACCGUACCUUGUCUUUGACAACUAGACUCAAAGAUUCACUCCACAUUACUGAAAACUGCAAGAUACUUUUUAUGAAACCUGCAAGCAUCUGGUCCAACCAGAGCCUCACUCGAACACCCGAAUCCUGCCCUGAGAUGCCCCCCGACUGCACCUGCACCAAUCAUGUGAGCUGCUCCUGUUUCAAGACAAAGCCAUCGUGUCUCCGCAGCUGAUCGACAUCCUCAUCAACCCAGAAAUCCAGUCUACAACCUCUGUCCUCAGAGAGUUCAGGUCAACGGCUAAAUAAGUUGUACAAGUAUUUGAGUUCAGGCAGUUGGGUGGACCGAUCCAAGUAUUAAGGUGUUUAAGUAUUCACAGUUCAAAUGAUUCAAGUAUACUUGAAGUUUCAUUAUCAGAUGUUAGUCUUUGAAUGAGUCUUAAUGAAUAUUUGUCAUUAAAACCAUUAAAAGCAACACUAACCAAUUAUUUAGUCUGCCAGAAAAUAUGUAUUAUGUCCCGAUAUGUAGAAUGCCAAAUGCAGUAUGUCCAAGUACAGGAUAUUCUGACAUGUCGGGUCACAUUUAGCAGUGUGCUCGCCAGCAUGAGUUUCUGCAAGAGGACAAAGUUCAAGGUGCCAUGUGAUGAGGAAGUGGCUUUGUGCCAGUUGGGAGUUGUGUUGUGUCUUGUGGAUAACUACUGGAGCUUCAGUGGCGUUUUCUGCUCCCAAUCCACAGAGAAAUAUGAAAACAUAAAUAGAUGAAUAAAAGAGAAGAGCGCCUCACGUUUGGAUUGUCCGACUAUAAGUUCAGGAUUUCCUUUAUUUAAGGACAUUGUGCUUUUUUCAGUUCAGUGUCCGAAGAUGUUUCUGCUUUGUGUUUUGUUCUCUUGGGACCUGCUGUCAGGUGACUAAUAUUAAAAUAUUAUAACUUGUGUUUUUCUCUUCAACAAAAUAUGAGUGCGCUGUUGUCAGUUGACUUAUAUAAACAUAUAUAGUAUUUAAACUUCUGCAGUAUUUCUGUGUCUGUACAGUUUUUCUAUGUUGAUAAGCUCCUUGUUUCCUGUUAACUCUCUCACAGGUAAAAGGAUGACACAAGCUGUUUGUAUUAAAGUUACCCUUUAUGUGUA